AUGGGCUCAGGGAGGACGCUGAAGUUUGCUGUCUGCGAGGUGUUGCAGUUUGCAGGCCUGUGUGUGCCACUCUUCAUCGUCAUGCAGAGGUUUGCCAUCAUCAUAGCAAAGGUCAAAAACUCCGCACAGCCCCCAGGUGAUGGCAGCACGGCUUACUGGCUGAUUGUGGCCUCCUCCAUCGCUUACGUCACCUCCACUGCCCUGCUGGUCUGGGUACCCCUGAAGUAUUUGGUCUUUAUGAAGAAGAAGCUUCUCAUUGGAAGGAAGAAGUGGAGACCUGUGGCCCUCGUAUACGUGAUUCUGUCCACAUUACCCUGCUUUGCCUUUCUCAUCGCUAGCUCUGAGGUGCAGAUAAAUAACAGCAUGAAACAUGAUACAUUCACGGAGCUCCCAGUAUCACUUGUCCUCUUCUCACUCAUCUGUAUCGAUGUUGUGGAGAGGAUACGCCACUGCAGACUGACCGGGCAGGCUAAUGACGUGGAAAGAGAUGCUGAAAUCCCUUCCACUGUCCUUACACAUGUAGAGCAGGUGACACCAGUAACUUCCAUCACUCCAGCUGUGCCGGGGCCAGCUGUGCCCGGUCAAAGUGUGCCCACACCGAUGCAACCUGGGGCAAGCCAACACAAUGACAGGAACCAGAAUGGAGGAGGAGCCCGACCAGAAACCAACGGAACAGUCCCUGGGAUACCAGCGACACCUGGCAGGCCAUUCAGCAUCUCUGGACUGAGUUCUCAAUCAGCAAGUUCCACAGCAUAUCGCAUAUCUCCGUACGCCUACACUGGCCCUCUGAGGUUCUUGUGUGCCAGUGAUGCCCGUGCAGAUGUGUUUGUGGACAGCUUUAUGUUCUGGAUGGAUACAGUAGAGAUGGUUAGAGUGGCAGGACACCCUCUGGUUUACUACUCAGGCUGGGUGUUCCCUAUCUACAUCUUCAGCUACGUGUCCUGCCUACGAGUGGUGGUCAUGCCCCACAGCCCCUUGCUGUCCUCACUGGGAGUGGCCCUGCAGGACCUACCCUUCUUCUUUGUUCGUGUUGGCCUCAUUGCCGUCUUUGGCUUUGUCACACCUGUACUCUAUCUGAUGAAGAACCUACUGGUCUGUCUGGCCUUUGUCUAUUUCAACUUUAUGACCAAGUUAAGGGUCUUCAACACAGAAAGGAUGUUCUUUUGA